AUGUAUUCGCUGCGUGACAUUUUAAGCGGUUAUGUGAAGAAAGAGCGGAACGCGGAGGGAUCACCUUGCAACGAACAAAGUAGCAAAACAUUGUUCUCCAAAGAAACCUUUGAGUGUUCCAUGGAAAAUGGAAACCCUGUGUCUUCUCGUGCGUCUGACCUUGAACUUGGUCACCAAACUGAUUCGUUACCAGACAACUUCGAAUGGUCCAAAGAAAGUGGAAACCCUGCGCCUUUCCGUGCACGUGAUUGUGGGCUUGAUCACCAAACUGGUUCAUCACCACUUACAUCAACACAUCUGUUAUCUUUGCGAGAGAGAAUAAGCCCAGAGGAAUACUAUUCUAAUAUUCGAAAACGCAAUGUUCAAGGAAUAUUGCCUGACAAAAAAAGGUUCAAGGACGAUUUAGUACACCGAAACAGAGAGACAAUGACUUCAACUAGUUGUAGUACGGCAACUUUAAUGGCACUUAAAUCAGCUUAUCGAGUACCCUUUUCCGGAGAAAAGAGCACUCAAGAAGAUACCUAUGAUCAAAUGAGCAACAUGAUGUCCAGUUACCAGAAAAAUUCGCCACCUUUUAAAUCAGCUAACAAGCCACUUCCUUCACGAGGCAAUUUUUAUGCCAAAGAGGACGAGUCACGGAUUCAAUUAAGCAAAGUUUAUCAGAAUCCGUACAAUGCAAAAGCUGUGAAGGCUUUUAUUGAUGCUCUAACCAAAAAACAAUGCCAAUUUUCAUUUAAACAAGGAAGUGACCAAACUUCUGGGCACAGCAAACACCAGGAAAUGUUAUCUGAAGAGCAGCCAAUUAAACAGAAUAGGAAAACGUUGUUCACAAAUGGAUCAGGCAUUGUAAAAAGGAACCAGUUCACUAAAUUAACCGCACCAAAAAGGGAUUUGUCGAGGUCCCACCCGACCCGCGAGACAAGUAAUUUUCAGAGUACAAUGUUACCGAGGAGAGAUCAAUUUCCAGACAUGGGUGCUACAAGCAAAAAUGGGUCAGUCUACCCAUAUGAAACCGAGAAUUAUUCCUUUCACAAUAGCUCCCUUGAAAUUAUUCCAUGUUAUCAUGUUUACAAUAUAAGGCCCUCUACGCCAAAUUCCCAUUUCACAAUCACACCACAACACUUCCGUGUCAUGGAGGAAAUCGCCCAACAGGACGACCCUGCGAAUAAAAUCGGGGUCUACAAGCCUGAAAUAUCUUUCCUCAAUGAGAAGGGAAAGCAAUGUUCGCAGAAAUCUAUCUGCGGGAUAUCAAAAAACCUCACAAGAAGCGGCGCCAGUAGUUGUCAGUGGUACCAUCAGGAGCAGCCACGCCCCCACCCUGCACCGUGUGCAGAAAACCAACGCCCUUCAGUGAUCAUGGUUCCCGCAAGCUGGAGUAAUAUAUCUUCCAGAGAAUCCCAUGUCCCACUGAAGGUAAUUAAUUCCAAAAUAUAACUUGGCAGUUCAAAGUUAUCAUAAGAAAGAGCUUAAAGAGUUCUUUUGAGCCUGGAGAUUAAAGUGAAGCCCCACUCCUAUUUUCACGGUUAGAAUAACCACGAAUUCUGCCUGCGCGCCAUACUGGUAUCCUCGUAGCACCCCAGGGAAUUACAGACAAUCGAGUGGAAGUCUCAGGGGAGUCCUUCUUUCUAUUUUAGCCAGCUAUCCCGCGAUUUCAGUCUCUUUUGCCAAGUAAGGCCGUUCUUAGCCGGGUUAUAAUUUUGGGUUUACUACUCGGUGUAAAAACUCGUGAAGUUUUUAUUUGGUUUCUAGCUAUUCUUAUUUUCCUUGGCUCUAUUGUGUUGACCCCUCAGUGGCUUCUUUGUAUUCAUUGUUUUACGUCACUCGUGAGUUUCACAGGUUUUUACACCGUGGAUGAGCAAUAAUUUUUUACCUCCCAACCUUCCCUUCGCGCGGUGUACCCUCCUUUCCAUUCUCUGUCUUACUACCCUUUGCCUUUGCAAAAUCUCGCUUCCCAUAACUUAUUUCGCGAACGCAGUGAGUGUUUAUUCUGGUAUACUAGAUUCACCUCUUACUAGACCAAGAUUCAUUUCACAUCUUGUUAUUUUGUACUACUUACACGGUCUGCAAGAAGUUCCAUUCUAAUCACACCACACUAUUUUUUUGUCUUGAAAAAUCUUCAUAAUUGAGUCUUGAAGCCAGUCCAAGUAACAACUGAAUACGUGCAUGCAUUUUUUUGACAACCAUUCAAUAAACUUACAGAAAUGUUAGUUGCAAUGUGAUUCAAAAAAUAUAAAUGGGAGACAAACCUGCCUACUAUUAAAGUUCAUUUUUAUUAAAAGCUCUCUCCCUUUUCCAGGUAGAUGCAUCCUUUACUGAGCGGUCAGAUGGGAAGAAGGUAAGUGCUCAAGCGGAGUUUUAUCGUUUGUUUGUUCAGUUUAUUUGAGAAAGGAUUCAUUAGCUUUGGCGCCGCCUAAAACGUAGCCUGAGAAAACAGCCUACAUUUCGCCUGGCGACCACUGGUUUCCCGCCAAAAUGACAUCUGAGGAACGAGCGCAGAAAUUCCAUACUGAUGACGUGUCACUACCCAGUACUUUCGAUUCGUCCUGGUGCGAGGAAAAUUUGCUUCAACCAAUCAGAAUCACUACCCAGAUCUGUUUAGGGACACGUCAUUGGUACGGCCUUUCUGAAGUCGUUCCUCAGACGUCAUUUCGCGGGGAAAGCAGUCACAGUGACGUCAGCUGUAAAUCGUAACAAACAAUUUUUAUCAUAUUUAGCUAGUCUUCUCACAAAGCAGUGUCUUUUUCAUAGGAUAACGUGGUCGAUUUAGAUUCAUCUGACGAUGAUGAUGGAGAAAAAGAAAAAUACUUCCAAGUGAACAUGGAUGGAAAAACUGCAUCUUUUAAGUUGACUAAAGAAGACUGGAACAGAAUUCCAAUAGGUACUUUUCCAAGCGGUGGGCGACUGCUUUCAGGGGACUGGCGAAAAAUUUUCGUCAACAAAGUUAAAGAGAGCAACCCAUGGUGCAGUCUGCGCUUCAAAAAUAAUCACGUGAGAUCAGAAAACUCGCGCAAGAUCUACUCAGCGGUCUUUUUCAGAGGGGCCGCAGAAUGCAAGCGACCAGAGUGCAAUGUGAAAGUGCGAUUUGUUAUCCAGAAAGAGAAAGGAAAAUAUGUG